AUGACUACUUCAAAGGAUGUACCAAAAGAUAACAAGUUAUAUGGAACCAAGGACUACUGGGAGCAGAGAUACCAACAAGAGGCAACAACUACUUAUGAUUGGCUAAAGACUUAUAAGGACUUAAAGCCAUUCUUUGAAACAUGUCUAGGCGAUAGGAGCGCCUCCAUGCUGAUGUUGGGCUGUGGCAACAGUUCCAUUAGCGAGGAUAUGUAUGACGAUGGAUAUCACAGCAUCACCAAUGUAGACUUCUCUGGCAGCGUAAUUGAGAAUAUGGCCAAGAGAUGCGUCGACAGAACUGAUAUGAAGUGGAUGGAGAUGGAUGUCCGCAAACUGGAAUUCCAAGACAAUACAUUUGACAUUGUACUUGACAAGGCUACACUGGACACAUUCUUUGUUGACUGUGGCGAUGUCUGGAAUCCAAAGGAGAGUGUACUGGCCGAUGUAAAGGCUGAAGUGGAUGAAGCACUGCGGGUACUCAAAGUCGGUGGCAAGUUUGUCAUCAUAUCCUUUGGCCAGCCUCACUUUAGAAAGCAAUACAUUAAGCGAGAACAAUGGGAGGAUAUCAAAGUCAGCACAAUCGGUGACUUCUUUGGCUACUUCAUCUACGAGAUGACCAAGAUUGCUUGA